AACGGACAGACCUCAUAAGCUUUUGAGCACAACAAUCGUUUCAAACUCGUAAAAUGAUUUUCAAAGGCAAAUUAUGCCUGUGGCUUUGCCUCGUUGCUACGUUUUGCUUUAUUCGCGAUAUUAAAGGAGAGACCAGUAUUGUCACUCGAAAGGAAUGGAAUGCAAAGCCGACCACCGCGGAAAUGACACCGCUGGAAUUGCCUGUGUCUAGAAUAAUAGUGGCCCACACUGCCGGCAAUGAGUGCAGUAGAAAGGAGGCGUGCUCACAAGAAAUGCGCAUAAUUCAGAAUUUUCACAUGACCAAAGGUGCCUAUGAUGAUAUCGCCUACAAUUACCUUGUGGGAAACGACGGCAAUGUUUACGAAGGUCGAGGAUGGAGAUUUCAAGGCGCCAUAGCCAGAGGAAUUAAUGCUGGUUCAAUUAGUAUAGCUUUUAUGGGAGUCUUUACCAAAAACUUGCCCAGUCUGGAGGCUUUAAAUGCUGCAAAAUCGUUGAUAGUUAAACUUCAAACUGAUCAAAAACUGAAAGAAGACUACAAACUGUUUGGCCAUCGUCAAAUGUCGCCCACCCUAAGUCCGGGCGAUGCUCUCUAUGCAGAAAUUCAAAAAUGGCCCAAAUGGUCAAACGACAUUUAAAAGAAUAUUUGUAAAACAAUUUCUCAAUAUCAAAAAUAUAAUAGUCACAACGUACUUAAUAUGAAUUCAUAAA